CGCCCUUCUGCAAUUCCCGGCUCAAUUUUCUCCGGUAAAUUAGUACUCUUGCAACUUCGUCCAUGGCCUUCAUCGGAGAUUCUUCCUCUUCCUCCUCUUCCGUCACCCGUCAAUGGGCUCACGAUGUGUUCUUGAGCUUUAGAGGCGAAGAUACUCGAAACAAUUUUACUGCUCAUCUAUAUGCAGCUUUGGAUCAGAAGUGCAUCAAGACCUACAUAGAUAAUGCCCUCGAAAGAGGAGAAAACAUUUCACCGGCACUUCUCAAAGCUAUUGAAGAGUCAAGAAUUUCAGUCAUUGUACUCUCUCAAAACUAUGCAUCUUCUUCAUGGUGCUUGGAUGAACUUGCAACGAUCCUUGAGUGUAAGGAAACAAAGGGACAAAUUGUUCUACCUGUGUUUUACAAGGUAGAUCCAUCAGAAGUACGAUAUCAAAGAAAUAGUUUUGAAAAAGCAUUUGUCAAACAUGAAAAAAGAUUCAAAGAUGAUCAAAUGAAGGUGCAAAGGUGGAAGUCAGCCCUAACACAAGUGGCCAAUUUGUCUGGGUACGAUUUAAAGAAUGACAGGAAUGAGCAUGACUUUAUUCAAGAAAUCAUUGAACGGGUGAAUUCAAUAUUAGUGAAAGAGACAUGCUUUCAAGUUUCCAAGUAUCCAGUUGGAAUAGAGUCUCGUGUACAGGAUGUAAUGUUGCUUUUAGAUCUAAAGAAGAAAGACAGUACAUGCAUGGUAGGAAUCGUUGGAACUGGUGGAAUUGGUAAGACAACUCUAGCCACAGCCAUCUACAACUCGAUUGCUUCUCAGUUUGAAGGUAAUUGUUUUCUUACAAAUGUUAGAGAAACUUUCAGCCAAAAGGAUGGUCGGAUCCGUUUGCAAAAUAUACUUUUAUCAAAGAUCUUAGGAGGUUCAAGUCAAAUGGUUGACAAUGUUAAUCAAGGAGUUACUUUGAUAGAGAAUAGGCUUUACCUAAAAAGGAUACUUUUAGUUCUUGAUGAUGUGGAUGAGUUAGUCCAAUUAGAAAUGUUAGCUGAGAAAACUAAUUGGUUUGGCUUAGGAAGUAAAAUCAUCAUAACAACAAGAAAUAAACAUUUACUUCGUGCAUAUGAUGGAGUUGUAUCAAUUUACCCUGUGAAAGAGUUGGGUCAGUAUGAAGCUCUUCAGCUGUUUAGUUGGUAUGCCUUCAAAAGUGACAAACCUAAUGACGGUUAUGUUGAAGUCACAGAAGAUGCACUACGUUAUUGUGGAGGAUUGCCACUAGCUUUAACAGUGCUAGGCUCUGCUCUAAAAGGUAGAGACAUAAAGUAUUGGAAAAGUAAAUUGAACGAGUACAGAAGAAUUCCUAACCGUGAUAUCCAAAAAAUACUUAGAACAAGUUUUGAUGGAUUGGAAGAAAAUGCGAAGAAUAUUUUUCUUGACAUAGCCUGUUUCUACAAAGGAGAGGAUGUAAAAUAUGUUCGAGAAAUGCUUGACAGUUGUGGUUUCCACUCAAAUACUGGUAUCGAUGAGCUAAAGGAAAAGUGUCUCAUAACUGAGUCUUGUAAUGGAUCAUUGGAGAUGCAUGACUUGCUGCAAGAAAUGGGUAGAGAAAUUGUUAGACAAGAGUCACCCAAAAAUCCUGGCAAGCGUAGCAGAUUGUGGUUUCAUGAAGAUGUUCGGCAUGUCCUAGAAGGAGAUAUGGGAACAAACAAAGUUGAAGGCAUAUUGAUAGAUUUGCCUAAACUAAGCCAGCCGAUAGACUUGAGUCCCACAGCCUUUGAGAAGAUGACAAGCCUCAGACUAUUUAUAUGUCGUGAUGCAUGUCUUUCUGGAGAGCCUAAUUUUCUUUCUAAUCAGUUAAGACUGAUAGAUUGGGAAGGAUAUCCCGGAGAAUAUUUUCCACCCAAUUUUCGUGGAAAGUACCUUGUGAUUUUAGGAAUGGCUCAUAGUCGCAUCAAGAUAUUGGACGGAGUUCAGCAAUUCCAAAACUUGACGACUAUGAAAUUCUAUAACUGUGUUUUCCUUGAAAAAAUCCCUGAUGUUUCAAGGAUCCCAAAUUUAGAGUCGUUGGAUCUUGAUAAUUGCAAAAAUCUAGUUGAGGUUCAUCAUUCUGUUGGAUCACUUAAUAAGCUCAACGUGUUGAUCAUUCAAUUUUGCUCUAAUCUUAGAAGUUUCCCGAAAAGCUUCAAGUCUAGAUCUCUAGAGAAAAUCAGUUUUUGGAAAUUUUCAAUGCUUAAGAGCUUUCCUAAAAUAGAAUGUUUAGAGGAUAUUUACUGUUGUGAUUCCUUAAGGGCACUUGAUUGGGGCUCCAUGUCCACGUUGUACCAUUUAGAUCUAUCAGGGAGUAGUAUUGUUACCCUUCCUCGAUGUAUCGAAAGUUUUGUUGGAUUGAAGUUGCUUUUUUUGGAAGAUUGCGAGCAACUUCGAGAAAUUCUAGGACUUCCACCAAAUGUAGAAAAAGUUAGAGCUAGCGGGUGCGUGUCAUUGGAAAUAUUUUUAGAAGGAAGUAUAAAAUCUCAAUUGUUUAAUACGGAGGAUCCACCAGAGCCUAUGGGGGUUGGAACAGCAUCUUCGGCACUGCAACCAGUGGAACAAAAGUUUCAACUUGAAUGCUCUUUCAAUAGUUUGGAAUUUCUAGAUCUAAGCGGUAGCCCUAUUGUUAGCCUUCCUAUAUGGUUCAACAAAUUUGUCAAAUUGGAAGAAUUUCUUACAAAAAUCCCUGAUGUUUCAAGGAUUCCAAAUUUAGAGACAUUUUAUCUUGAUGGUUGCACAAAUUUAGUUGAGGUUUAUUGUUCAGUUGGAUUCCUUGAUAAGCUCGUUAAUUUGAGUCUAAAAAGUUGCUCUAAACUUAGGAUUUUCCCGAGAAGCCUUAAGUUAAGAUCUCUAAUUCGUCUUGUUCUUGGAGGUUGCUCAAGUCUUAUGAAUUUUCCUGAAAUUGAGUGUCAAAUGGAAUGUUUAAGUCACAUCGAUGUUGGUGAUACUGGUAUAGAUGAACUGCCUUCAUCCAUUGGAUACCUCAUUGGGGUUAAAACAUUAAAUAUGGGUGGUUGCAGAAACCUUAAGAAUCUUCCGGAUAGCAUUCAUAAGUUGCAACUUUUAGAAAACUUUUUCUCAAUAAGUUUGCAACAUUUGGAGUCUCUGAAUUUGUCAAAUUGCAAGCAACUUCAAGAAAUUCUUGAACUUCCACCAAAUGUAAAGUACGUGGAAGCUAGCGGGUGCGAGUCAUUGGCAAUAUUUUUAGAAGAAGCUAGAAGACCUCAUUUGAUUAAUGUAUGGGGCCCACCAGAUCCUGUGGGGAUUGGAAUGGUAUUUCAAGCUUACACUGUGAGAAAGUUGGAUCUAUCAAGUACUAAUAUUGUUACCAUUCCUCGAUGCAUCGAAAGUUUUGUUGGAUUGGAGGAGCUUACUUUGGAAAAUUGCAAACAACUUUGA